AUGGCUUCUUGCAUGUGGCUCAAGAGUGCCUGUGGUGGUGGAAGUGGGAAGAAGCCGGCGCCGCGGGACGUGCCGCCGGGGCACUUGGCGGUGAUGGUGGGAGAAGAGGCAAAGAGAAGGUUUGUGAUAAGGGCUGAUUACCUUAACCAUCCCUUGCUUCAAAAACUUUUAGACCAAUAUGAAGGUUGUGGGUUCAACAAAAGUGGCCCUCUUGCUAUACCUUGUGAUGAGUACCUUUUCCAAGAUAUCAUCCAGGCCCUUCGAGAUGGAUCAUCCUCUCCUCAUGGGCCCCUCAAGAAGCUCCAUUUCAAGGACUCCGUGCCCUUACUUCAGGACAAUGAUGGCAAAGGGAGCACCAACAACUAA